AUGGCAGACACGGUGGCGCCGACAACAUUACGACCAGCCUCGAUCAGCCCGACGUCGGCGUGGUCACCAGGUACCAAUGUGACGGCGAGUCCCAGCCCGGCACCAAGCCCCUCUGCGACGCCGACGCCAAUCAUGACGCCUGCCAUGACGACAUCCAACGCCGUCGGCGAGCUCGACGAUGCCACCAUCGCCUUUGCCUUCGCCGACACCGGCGCCUUCAUCGAAGCCGCCGUCACCCGCACCCACAAGCUCCAGCGCCGCGCCCUCCCCAAUCACCACAACAAGGUUCCCCGCCACACCGCAUCCUUCCGUGACGACACCAAAGCCGAAACUAACGACGACGUCCAAGCCAGCAACAACCGAUCCGCCCGCGCCGUCAAGGCCCCCGUCGUCGACGCCAUCAACGACACCUACCCUUACAACGACACCGCCAACGACCGUGGCCCCAAUUCCAAUGCCUCGGCGUCAACGCCGUGGAUCAUCGCCGCAGACGUCGCCGGGUGCCUCCUCGUUCUCUUCCUUCUCGUGCAGUACCGACGAGACGUCUUGCAGCGACGCAUGCUGACGAUGAAAGACGAAGCCACGUCCCCGACAUAUCUCCCGGCCGACAGCCCUUUUUGCUACGACGACUACAAACCGUCCGAGCUCGAGCAGGCCGAGCCACGCUUCCAGAGCUCCGAGUUGAUCUUCGCCAUCAACACGGGUGGUACCGCGACAGCAGCGCGUCCCAUGGCUCCAGCCACCGGUCCAGUGGGCUUCCGCGCGAUGCGCUGA